UUUGUCUACAAACUGUUCAUUUUUCUUCAAAUUCAUUAACAUAGAAAUUUUAUAUAGACAGUGUAAAAGAAGAAAAUGAGAUUUUCAGUGGUAUGUUUCUCUAAACCUGCAAGAACUAGGUUAUUUUGGUAUCAGCUAUGGAAAAGAGAAGGAAUCUACAAAGAGCCUUUACCCCAAAUUCCUAAUCAUAUGAGAAAACAAAAAGAAAUUCCCAUCAUAGAUCCAUUGAAAGAAGAAGCAGUGAAAGAAGAAUGGAAACCUCCAGUGCCAGAUGAUUUACAAUUUAAACAAGCCCCAACUGUUAAAGAAUACCCAAAUUAUAAUGAAAAUCCUGCUUAUAUUUAUAUUCGUUCUUGUAGACUAACAGAGGGAAUGAAGCAAGCAUGUAUAUUAACCAAAUCUGUCCAAUGUGAAGGUUUCCCUCAGCCCAUUCAAUCACUUAUUGGUAAAAUACAUAUUGAUAAUGAAGAGAAACUUUUACAGAGAUGUAUUAUGCAGUCACAAGUCUGGGACUCCACACAUGUAAAAUUACCCAAAAGAGGAGAUCUUGAAAAUGUGGGGUUUAAGUUUACAAGAGAAUAUGGUAUACCUAGAGCUCGCAGAAUGGAUGUGUUUGUUCAAGGUUUGAUGAGGUUAUGUCAGUUAACAUCUCUACAGUAUCCUAGUGUCUUAACAGAUAGAUACAUAGUGUCUGAUUCAUACCUCACUUCAAAUUAUCUCUUUAAGGAGAAAAGAGUGAGUUUUGAAGGUAAAUGUAAAUAUUUAGUAUUAUCUGACAGACCAAUGUUAAGAUUUGCUGAUGUCGACCAAGUUGAAGAAAGUAAGGAACAUGAACUGCCUGAUAUGUAUCCCAUAUCACCUUUAAUUAGUCUACAGAAACGUCAUGAUUAUACUCUACAGAACAUAGCAGGUUUAGAAAAAGAUUUUACCCAUUCUCAUCCACAUACAAUCUUUCUUAUGAAUACAAAUUUUUGGACAGAAAGUCAGAGACAAGCUUCUGCAAUGAUGUUUGCAUUUGGACAUGCUGUAGCUAGUGCCAAAAACCUUUAUGGAGAAGAUGUAAAAGUUUUACCAGAGCCCGUUUGUGUACAGUGUGUUAAUGCAUCAGAAACAACUCUUAAUUUUACAUUUUUUCAGUUGAACACAUUAGACUUAAGUAAUUCAGAUGGAAUUAAAAACUUUGUGUGGUUUGAUACCUCCAAUCAUUUAUUUCAAUAUCAGUUACGUCAACCAUGGAAAGGACCAGACUAUCUGUCAACCAUAUACCAUAGUUUCAAUCCUGAAGGAUUUCAUAAACUUUUAGCUGUGUUCUUAGCUAAUACCCCAGAAGCUUAUGAUCAAAAUAAUGAUAAGAUUGAAGCUGUUUCUCAAUAAAAAAAAGUAUUUUAUG